AUGAAGUUGUACUUUGAAGCAGAAAAGUACCUCCGUAGCUCAGGAAAUGAGCGAGGCAGCCUCCAGAGCCGUAUAUUCAAUGAAAAGAGCCUAACUAAUUCACCCAAACAUGUGUUUGCCUUGGUUAUCUCCACUCUCAAGUAUAAAGAGUACAUCGUGAAGGUGAUCAAAGCAUCGAAGCUUAAAGCCAGUCCUAUAAUAAAGAAACUUCGGGUUACCGACGAAAUGUUGUGGCUCUUGACACACGACCUUCUUUUUCAGGCCAAAGGUCGUAUCCAACUGGGCAAGCAUCCCAUCAAAGAUGCGUUUUUGCAGCACAAAACGAGGCUCACAUCAGAGCUCAUCAAGUUGAAAUUGAAAUAUAAGAUCAAAAGCGUCGAAGAGUUCCCCAAUUUGAAGGGACAAAAUGAUGAGACACCCAUACGGUGGUUUAGAGUUAAUCAAAUCAAGAUCACGACGGCCGUAUUCUUUGAAAAAUAUGACUUUUUCAAAAAGUUGCAGCCAGUCAGUGAUAUCAGCGAAAUCACUUCCACCGGGUUUCUCUACCAAGAUGACUUUGUACCGAACUUGUACGGUGUGCAUAAUCGUGAAUUGAUCAUGAAAUCAGACGCCUAUGCCAAAGGAGAACUUAUUAUCCAAGAUAGAGCUUCGUGUUUCCCUGGGCAUAUACUUUUUAAUGAUCCGCAGUUCCAACCAACACACAUCAUCGAUGCAUGUGCUGCUCCCGGGAAUAAGACAACACAUACAGCAUCGUAUUUAUAUGACAAGCCGAGUUCGGUUGUCUAUGCGUUUGAACGGGACAACAAAAGAGUUGAGAUCUUGAAGAAGAUGUGCAACCUUGCCUCCAACAAACCCAACCUCAUCCAAAUCACUCAUGCUGACUUCACCAGCGUCAAUCCAAAUGACUUCAAAGACAUUGAGGCUUUGGUGGUGGAUCCAUCAUGUAGCGGGUCAGGCAUCUUUGGAAGGGCCAUUGAGGAUUCAUUGGAACAGCAUAAAGAGGAGAUCAGUACCGAGAGGCUAAACAAGUUAUCCAGAUUCCAGUUCUCCAUAAUGAAGCACGCCUUAUCAUUUCCAGGAGCUAAAAAGGUGGUAUAUUCCACUUGUUCGAUCCAUGCGGAAGAAAAUGAGAGGGUGGUGGUGGAUUUGUUGUUGGAUGAGAACGUCAAGAAAGCGGGUUGGACAUUGGCUCCAAGAAAUGUGGUGAUAUCUACCUGGCCAAGACGAGGAUGGCCACAGGAGUUUACUGCUCUUCAAGAAGAAGGCAGAAGUGUUGGGGAUCUUGCAGGAGGAUGUGUUCGAGCUGUUGCAAAGGAGGAUGGAGGAAUAGGUUUUUUUGCUGCCUGUUUUGUGAGACGUGAGGCAGCCAGUAGAGGGGAAGGAGAAGAAAAAGAAGAACAAGAACAAGAACUAGAACUAGAAGAUGAACUAGAAGAAGAAGAACAAGAAGAAGAACAAGAAGAAGAAGACUGGACGGGAUUCGGUCCAUAA